UAAUGAAUGUUAUAACAAUUGAAGACUAUAAGAGCACAUAUUGGCCAAAGUUGGACAGUGCCAUAGAUCAACUUUUAACUCAGAGUCCUGGUGACUACAUCCCUAUCUCCUAUGAACAAAUAUACAGUUGUGUGUAUAAAUGUGUAUGCCAGCAGCAUUCGGAACAGAUGUAUAGUGACCUAAUAAAAAAGAUAACUAACCACUUAGAGAGAGUCUCAAAGGAGCUGCAGGCCAGCCCUCCAGAUCUCUAUAUUGAAAGAUUUAACGUAGCUCUUGGACAGUAUAUGGGAGCAUUGCAGAGCAUUGUGCCUCUUUUCAUAUAUAUGAAUAAAUUUUACAUAGAAACCAAGCUUAACAGAGACUUAAAAGAUGACCUUAUAAAGCUGUUUACGGAACAUGUUGCAGAAAAGCACAUUUACAACCUAAUGCCUUUACUUUUGGAAGCUCAGUCAACGCCGUUUCAAAUAACUCCUUCAACCAUGGCAAAUAUUGUGAAAGGCCUGUAUACACUACGACCAGAAUGGGUACAGAUGGCACCAGCUUUAUUUUCUAAAUUCAUCCCAAAUAUUCUCCCCCCUGCUGUGGAAUCUGAGCUUCAGGAAUAUGCUGCUCAAGACCAGAAGCUUCAAAGAGAGCUUAUGCAGAAUGGAUUUACUAGAGGUGACCAGUCACGCAAGAGGGCUGGAGAAGAGCUGACUUACAAUGGUUCAUCAGCUUGUGCAAGCUCCAGGGGGUACAGAUAGUGAACAUACUGGAUCAGCUUCUAUUCCUAGCCAGAACAGACACUGGAGGAGCGCAGGUGGUAUCCGGAGCCUCCUUUGGCAACUGCUGAUACUCGAGCUCUGACAAGAACGAUGCCUCAAAGAAGAGUUUUGGACUUUCUUCUUUAUAUAAUAAAAAGUCUGUUGCUGCUACAAUUGGGAUGACUUUGAAAGACGUAAUUCCUUGGUCUGGCCUCUCAACAAGUACACGUUCUGCGAUUUUUGUGAGGAAUGCACCUUGAAAACCAAUCCUUUCAAAGUGGAAAUAGGCAGCCAAAAUCAGCAGCUUCCAAAAGCGUUAGAACGGAAGAAUCUUUUUUGCACUCUUUUCUUAAUAUUAAGGACAUUCUUAAAACUAGUUAAUACAUCAGUGUAUUAGUUUUUAAACUUCAAGGUAUUUUCUGGAGCUUUUACUUUAAUAAUAAGAAUAAAGUUUCAUUAUUUUGCA